CACACGCGCGCACGGACACACAUAGUGGUUGUAAAGCACAUCAACCGGACAACAAAGGGUCCACACUGAAGGGGUGCUCACUGCAGCCAGGACAGGAUUACAGCAUCCAGUGCCAGCGUCAAGCUUACUGAACUCUUUCUUUUUCGACUCGGAAAUAAAGCGUCAGUCAGACUGGAGGUGACCGUCAAAGAAGCGUUAAUCGCUCGCGUGGAUAGUACAGCGGUGCUUGUGAGCCUCGGCAGCGAGAUGGAGAUGGAGCAUUUCGACGACAGGGACAAAGGUCAGAGACACGGCCGCUCCAGUGCGAAGAUGAACGGAGUGCCGAGCCCCACACACAGCGCUCACUGCAGCUUGUAUCGGACCCGGACCCUGAAGACUCUUACGGCGGAGAAAAGAGCCAAGAAGGUCCGCUUCUACCGCAAUGGAGACCGGUACUUCAAUGGGAUAGUGUACGCCAUCUCCACAGACAGGUUCCGGACCUUUGACGCCCUGUUGGCAGAUCUGACCCGCUCUCUGUCUGACAAUGUCAACCUGCCCCAGGGCGUCCGGACCAUCUACACCCUGGAUGGUACUAAGAAGAUCACAGCUAUAGACCAGCUGGUAGAAGGUGACAGCUAUGUGUGCAGCUCCAUUGAAGCCUAUAAAAAGUUGGAUUACACAAAAAAUGUCAACCCCAACUGGUCGGUGAAUGUCAAGGCGUCCUCUCGCGGGCCUCCUUCCCUGGGCAGCACUAAGGCUGGUGCCUCAGAGAGCCGCGAAAACAAGGACUUCAUCCGUCCAAAGCUUGUGACUGUGGUGCGGAGCGGUGUGAAGCCCCGAAAAGCUGUGAGGAUCCUGCUGAACAAGAAAACAGCCCAUUCCUACGAGCAAGUCCUGACUGACAUCACUGAUGCCAUCAAGCUCGACUCCGGAGUGGUGAAGAAGAUCUACACACUGGAGGGCAAACUGGUGUCAUGUCUGCAGGACUUCUUCGGCGAUGAGGACAUUUUCGUGGCGUGUGGACCUGAGAAGUUACGUUACCAGGAUGAUUUGAUGCUGGAUGAAAGUGAGUGUCGUGUGGUGAGGUCGGUAAACUACGGGAAGAUGUCUGGAUCCCUCUGCCGAAGCUCCCCCAGGACCAUCGUCCAAUCACGACGCAGCAAGUCCCCUGUAUCUGUGAACGGGACGCCGGCCAGCCAGCUCUCCACUCCUCAUUCGGGAAAAUCUCCCAGCCCCUCCCCAACCAGCCCGGGCAGCCUCAGCAAACGCCGGGGAUCCCAGGGUUCUUCCACCUCUCUGUCUUCCACUAAAGGCUCCAGCACUGUGGAAGAUGGGGAUGGAGUUGUCAGUGAAGCUGAGGUUGUAGUCGAUGAGGUUCCAGCUGUGCCAUCCUAUAUAUCAGACCGCUACAAAGUCGGGCGAAUGUUAGGUGAUGGGAACUUCGCAGUGGUUCGAGAAUGUGUGGAGCACUCCACAGGACGAGAGUACGCCCUGAAGAUCAUCAACAAGGGGAAAUGUAGAGGCAAGGAGCACAUGAUCCAGAACGAGGUAGCCAUUCUUCGCAGAGUCAAACAUCCAAAUAUCGUCCUGCUCAUCGAGGAGGUGGACACUUACAAUGAGCUCUAUCUGGUGAUGGAGCUAGUCAAGGGUGGAGAUCUAUUCGACGCCAUCACCUCUGCCAACAGAUACACAGAGAGAGACGCCAGCGGCAUGCUCUAUAACCUAGCCAACGCCAUCAAAUACCUCCACAGCCUCAACAUUGUGCACAGAGACAUCAAACCAGAAAACCUGCUGGUCUAUGAGCAUGCAGACGGCAGCAAAAGCCUGAAACUGGGAGACUUUGGUUUGGCGACUGUGGUAGACGGACCUCUCUACACGGUCUGUGGGACCCCGACUUAUGUAGCACCUGAAAUUAUCGCAGAAACAGGGUAUGGCCUUAAGGUUGACAUCUGGGCAGCUGGAGUCAUCACUUAUAUCCUACUGUGUGGUUUCCCGCCUUUCAGAGGGAGCAAUGACGAUCAAGAAGUGCUUUUUGAUCAAAUCCUCAUGGGACAGCUAGAAUUUCCUCUACCAUACUGGGACAACGUGUCAGAGACAGCAAAGGAACUGAUUCGAUCCAUGCUGGAGGUGGAGGUGGAUCAGAGAUACUCUGCCCUCCAGGUGUUAGAGCACCCUUGGGUCACUGAUGAGGGUGUAUGUGAGAAUGAUCACCAGUUGUCUGUAGCAGGAAAGAUAAAGAAACACUUCAACACCAGCCCGAAAGUCAACGACACCACUGCAGGAGUGUCGGUCAUUUCUUUGGAUGACAGCUUUUCUAUGCAGAGAUCUGGGUCGUUGGAUUUCUACCAGCACCCUGCCAUGUACUGGAUAAGGCCACCCCUUUUGAUAAGGAGGGGCAGGUUCUCAGACGAGGACGCCACCCGGAUGUGACUCCCCUGCCUUUGCAGACAAUGGCGACGGUGACGACAGAAAGAACAUCAACAACAACAACACUCCGGGCGGAGCCUCCUAGCUGUCUCCCCGGCCUGCCCCCUCUCACCCCUGACACCAUCUCCGACCCUACCCCGAACCACAGC